AUGGCUAAGGCCUAUGAUCGUAUGGAGUGGUCGUUUUUGCGUGGCAUGUUGCUGGCCCUGGGUUUUGAUAAUAGAUGGGUUGAGUUGAUUAUGGUUUGUGUCACAACUGUAUCCUAUAGAAUUCUGGUAAAUGGUAAUCGCAGUGAACAGGUUCUCCCCACGCGAGGAUUGAGGCAAGGGGACCCUUUAUCCCCCUACUUGUUUAUUAUCUGUGCAGAAGAUGACAGUCUUUUGUUUUUCAAAGCUAAUAUACAGGAAGCUGGGGAAAUAAAAGAUUGUUUGUCAAGAUAUGAGAGUUUAUCUGGACAGAUGGCAUGGCGUUUUCUCACAAGGCUAGAAUCAUUGGUAGCUAGGAUAUACAAAGCCAGAUAUUACCCCAAACCCUCUUUUUCUGGGGCUUGUUUGGGAAAUAAUCCUAGCUACUGCUGGAGGAGUAUUAUGGCAGCUAAGGAUUUAAUUUGUAGUGGGGUCAGGCGCCGAAUUGGGAAUGGACAGGCAACAUUAAUAUGGGACCACCCAUGGCUCCAGGAUGACCAGGACCCAAUGAUACAUACUGAAAUGCCCCCUCAACUUGCAGGAGCAAAAGUGGUAGGAUUAAUUGAUCAGGACACGGGUCAAUGGGAUCACCCAAUCCUAACAGAUAUUUUCGUACAUACUGAUGUUGCUCGUAUCUUUAAAAUACCAGUCUCACCAGACUAUGAGGACAAAUGCCUCAAAAUCCCCCCAAAACGGAAGACAUUUCUAUGGAGAGCUUUAAGUGAUAUCUUGCCUACUACCACCAAUCUGAAUAUAAAGAGAGUGGGGAUUGACCCAACAUGUGCUAAGUGUGGUGUUGCUCAUGAGGAUAUUAUGCAUGCUUUGGUUACAUGUGUUUUUGCAAGUUCUAUAUGGUAUGAAUCCCACCUUCCAAUCCCCAUUAUUGUGACAAAUAUUUUUCAUUCUUGGUUUGAUGAAGUGAUGGAUAUUCUAGAUAUUAAUGGAAUUAUGUUCACGACAGCGAUUCUAUACUAUAUCUGGAAGGCCAGGAAUGGAGCCGUUUGGGAUGCCUAUCUACCCACUCCGAAGAAGUUAAUAGCGACGGCCAGGGGUGCUAUUCACGCAUGGCAACUUGUUCAUCAUGCCGGAACGACGCAACCUGCCGCACACCCGCCCAGUCCCGAUUUCGCACUGUCGCUGCAUGCCAAUCCCGCCAACGAUGCGCCAGCUGAGAUCCGAGAAUGCCACUUCGAUGCAGCGUAUCAUCCGACAACCAACAAGGCCUCGGCUGGGGCGGUAUUACGCGACGAGAAUGGGAGUUAUGUUACGGCUUUUAGUACUACAUUGCCGGACUGCUUCUCGCCUUUAAUGACAGAGGCCUAUGCGUGUAAGGAGGUUCUAUCAUGGCUCAGGGAUCGUGGACACCGGUGUGUACGCCUUUACACGGAUUGCCUGACUCUAAAGAAUUAUUUGUCGUCUAACAGUGGACCAGUUCGCUCUUAUGUUGGCUAUGCCAUAGAUAGUUGCAGGUCUAUUAUUACUUCGUUUGAUUACUGCUUUAUUAGCUUCGUACCUAGAUCAGAUAAUUUAGUAACUCAUACUUUAGCAUCUGCAGCUUUUGAUUACGCUACUGUUAUGUAUUGGGAUUAUAUCCCAUCUAACACUAUUUCAGCAUAUCUCUAA